CAGUAUUUUGUUUUUGAGUGUCUGUGACUGAUUAUUGUUUUAGUAAAGUGGUGGUGAGAAAUUGGGUUUAGGUACAUAUUUUUGUGCUUGAAAAGAGUUGAGGCUAAGGGACAGUCGUAGUUUAGAAUUGUGGAAGUAGUCGUUGUUUGAAUACUGAAGGAGCACCACGAGGAAAGUAAAAAUAUAGUGAAUGGGUGUUUAAUCGAAAGUUAGUAAUUAACAUGAAGUCCAGCAUAAUUGGAUCGUUCUUGCUGAUUCUGUUAGUUGUCUCGUGUGCAACUGCAGAAAAAGUAGAUCAGACUUCAGAAAUCGAGAGUAGAAUAGUCGCAGAAAAUGGUGCUUCAAAUGGCGACAAAUUUCACAAGAAACGUAGCAUCACCAACAUUAUGAAACUUUUACUUGGAGGAAAUGUUCCACCAAAUCAUCCACUUGUAAAAGAAAGUGAGCCGAAAAGUUGGAAUCUUGCGCCUCAAAUUUUGGCCUCACUUCCCGGCAGCGGCUAUGGUUUGGGGGGUGGUUGGGGUCCAACUCCGGCACAAAAACUGCAGCAGAUUUUCGAAACGAAGGCAAAAAUUUUACCAUACACUGGUCAAGUGGCGAGCGGACUUAUCGGGAUUGGUGGGGUCAAGGGUGAAAUCUUAAAACAAAUUCAUGGUUUAAGCACCUCGGUAAUUGCCAAUGUUGCCGCCGAAGCGGCGCAAAAAGCGGUACGGACCGCACUUGCGGCGCAAGCUGUGACGAAUCAGGUUGCUCAUGCGACGCCACACAUUCUCAAUGCUGCCGGUCAAGCUAUUCAUUCUGCCAAGGCGGCCAAGGGUGAACUCCUCCGACCCUUGAUUCCCCAUGCAAAUGGGUAUGCAAAUUUUGGCGUUGGACUUGGUCACCAUCAUGAUUUACAUCAAGGAUGGCACUCGACCCAGCAGAACUCAUUCGCCCUCCCGAAUUCUGGAAGUGCCGGAGAUAAAACUCCGGGAGAUCUACCUGGACCACCGUAUUCGUCUCAAUCCGUCCAAACCCAGUUGUAUCAGGCACCCGCUUAUCAAAAUUCUUACUCCGCCGCUGCCUCGGCCGUCCCCUCCACCAGCAGUCCAGAUUAUGGUCAAGCUGCCAUGUACAACAUGCAGCAGAACGGUCAACAACAAGAAUCUGCUUCAGAACCACAGCAGACACAAGAUUACAACGAAUUAGUGAAUCAAAUCACGAACGAUGCCAGAAACCGUCUCAACGCUAUCGACUACUCGACCCUGGCCCAGCAGCUGCAACUACAACAGCAGCAGCAGCAGAGACCCGGUCAAAACUAUGGACCCCCCAAACCUCAAGGUUACAACCCUUCACCUCCUCCUCCUUCUCAAAUUUAUAACCCCAUCAGUACUAACAAUGCCAAUACCACCUCUUUUCAUAGUGCAGUUUCGGACGAGUCUUGGAGGAAAUAUUCAGGAAAUGUUCAGGAAACUCCAUCCAUUCUUUCGAGCAUCGCCCAAAUCGCCGCGUCCAGCAUAUCCGCAUACAAGUCACUCAGCACCAUUGCCGACGUUUCCACCACCGCCGCAAGGAAAUCCUCAACAGUCGCAGGCGACGCCACUCUAUCCGGAUCUGCCCCAACACCAACAGGCUUCGCAGGUCAAUACCAACCAAGUCCCCAUCAAUUGGGGGGAUUCUCAAGUCGCCCCCAUUACGCCCAAUCCCCCCAACCAAUUCGACACUACCAAACCCAAAGUCCCCAUCUCUACGCUGCAAGCUCUUCUAGCCGUGCCCAAUAUGUCCCCCACAAUGUUGCAAAGUAUUCUCCUCAAGCUCUCAGAAACACACCAAAUGCCCACAGACUACAUGAUGCAUCGGUCAAGCUCGGAUCCAAUUUACUACGACGACCAACAGCAACAAUACAGUCCGGACACUAUGACGCUGGGGUCGGAUCCAGCCUUGGAUCUCUUAGUCGAUUCAGUCCUCAGCCAACCAGAUCAUAUGUUGACCAAACGACACGCUCUUUUGGAGCCGGAAGAGCAAUUCACACUCACGCCGGUCCGACGGCAAGAAACUUUGUUGGUGCAUCCCGAACCUAUCCUGGUUCCAUCGCCCAAACUUCCCCUUUCACAGUUGGUGGACAGACUCAGAACCUUUUUGGUUCGGCGUCCAACUUCGCACCGACUUCCGCAGGGGGACAGCGAUACGCAUCACCCAGAGAGAACAGAGAACAAUCAGCCUACAGUCUUAGUGGGUACAGAAGUCCUUAUCUAACCAGCCAUUUACACUCAGCGUCAUCAUCAUCAACUAACCAUAAUUAUCACCAACUUGCCCCUUCCCCCUCGGAACAAUCCCUCAACUAUGAGCUUCCCCCAACAACAAGUAGUCAUUCACAAUACAACAAUAUAGGACAAUCCUCUCUCGGUGGUAGGAGUGUGCUUACGGCGAAAAAAGGUGGAUUAAUACCCACACCCACCGACAGAUCGGACCCCAACAGCCCAGUAAGUUUCACUCUUUUGAUUCCAGUCAACGGCCCAGCCACCGUGACGAGAGACGACUCCCGACCCCAGUUCCAGUCCCGAAUUUCCGAACGGUUUCCCAGCAGCAAAGAGAGAAGCGUGGAGGACAUCAGCCUGACCAACGAGGAGGUGGAGGAUUCUUCCGAGAAGCUCCCACGCCUCCAUCUUCAUCAGACGGCUACUUUCCCCAAGGGGGGUUCAGUUUCAGCAGCAUCUUCCCGCUCUUCCAGCGAAGUGGUUUCGCCUCCUCAAAAUCGUAUCAGCAGUGGAGAAAGCACGAACCGCAGUUUCAAGCCCCAAUCGCCUACUUACCCGGAACAGGACCCCGAAUUUACUCCACCAUCCCGAGACAACUACUUUAUGUCGGACCGGAUGGACCAGCAAGAACCCAGCAGCCAGGAGGAUACGUCACAGGAACACCAAAUUUACGAUCUGUACCAACACCACCCAGUCAUGCCGAUGGAGCAGCCGGAAGCAAAUCAUCAGAGUCGGGAGAAAAUCAGCAAAGAAGAAGUGGAACUGAAACGGGAAGCAAUCUUCAAAAUUCCAGACCGCAGAGUGCCACCAGCAACAAAAGCAGUCAAAGAAAUGACGGAGAGAAGCAGCAAAUCACAGAAAGAGCUUCAGGACGAAGAACGGAAAAAAUCACUGUCAGAGCUUAUCCAACAGUUGAUAAAGCUGCUAAAGUAGACAAGACUAAAAUGAUACCCCGCAAAACUAGUAGUACAAAUAACGACGUGGCUACCUCCGCAAAAGCCAUGAUUAGAAACGCCAUCCUCCCCGCAAUUACUACUAUGUUUGGUGCUGCGUUUACUUAAAGUAGCAUUUUUCAUAAAAUAAGUAUGAAAUUUUCAGAAUUUUUAUUUAUUUGCUCUUUCUCACUACCGGAUUUACUCGCAGUAUUUAAUCAAAUAUGAUCACGAUACAUGUACUUUAAAAUAUCCAAUUCAAAGCUAUUUAAAUGUGAUUCAAGGCAGCUCUCGAGGACGUGAUUUGAUACAAAAAUGAUCAAAUGAAAGUAUGUAAAUGUUCAAACUUAUUAAACGUUAAGCAAAUGAUGCCAGCGAUUUUUUUUCGAAUGUCAACGAAUAGAGGAAAUAGCAAACAAAGUCAUUUCUAAUAACAGCACUCACUCAGCAAGGACAUUCGACAUCCACGUGAAGAAGUCGUUGCCAGUUUCUUCUACAGAAAUCUGUAUUAGGUAAGCAAGUAGUGGUGUUGUUAAAAACCUGAUUUUUUACCAUCAUCAGGCCAAUUUUACUUUCGUAAAAAUAAAAUCGAAAGUGAAAUACAUAAACUCGAAACUAACUGGUUUUUGUCGCCAUAAAACGUGGACAGAACUCGUUACUUGUGGAUUGGAUGCAAGUUGUUGUUGUCUGUGCCUAACUUUCUCUUUCUUUCGAAGAUGAUCAGAAACCUGAGUGUGCACCAAAAUACUCAAAGUGCUUAAAUAGUGCUCUACCGAUUAUUUAUAAAUGGUGCAAUUAUUAAGUUCCACUUCCAACGUGGUUGGUCUGACUGUUGCCUGCAAAUUAAUUAAACGAUUUCCACGUAUGCAUUGUGAAUGACUAUUAUUGUUACGCUUUUAUAUGUAUGUAAAACUAGGGAAGAAGCAAUUUCAGUCGUGUUGUUAUUAAUUCGCGUAAAUAAAUAUUUAAUUUAAGCCAGGAACGAUAUCGAUGCCAAAAAUAUGAUACAUUCGCUGUAUUAUAUUUAAUAUUAAUAUGUAAAUUAAAGUAUGCUCGGAUUAUGCAAGAAAUAAAUUAUGUAACCAUUA